AUAACUACAAUGUAGGUGGGGCUUACGUAUCUUUGUCGCGUGGAGGUAUAAAAAUAAACUUACCUUACACACAUUUCAAACUUUAUCCAUAAAUUUACAAAUAAGUGUUCCAGACCAGAUAACUUUAAAAAAAUUCUGCACGCGAGUAACAGCAGACGACUUUAAAAUAUUCUUAAUCAAAAAUGGAAGGAGAAGGAAUGAUGCAUGUAUUUUCAGGGAUGACCAGCAUUGAUGGAAACAUUUUCCAAACUUUUCUAACAGAGAGACCUUCAUGCAUGUAUUCUUCAUCGCCAGAAUCGUCUCCAGAAUAUUACCAUCAGCCAAAAUAUUCCAAAGAUGCAAUGUGCAAACGUAGAUUGGAUUUUAAUCACAAUAACGAGAACUAUUUGGGACUCAAUCAGAAGCCAACUACUGGAGGAGUAGCGAGACGUAACGAGAGGGAAAGGAAUCGUGUUAAGUUAAUAAAUAUGACAUUCUCAACUUUGCGAGACCAUAUUCCAAGUGACUGUAAAAUAGGUAAAUCUAAAAAGAUGAGUAAGGUUGACACUUUAAAAGCUGCUAUAGACUAUAUCAGACAUUUACAAGAUUUAGUAGACGAGCAUGAUGCUGUUAGUGCUGUGCUGGAUACGAACUAUGUUCCCAAGCAGUGUACCGUUCCCAUCUCCCCGUCCGAACACUCACCGUCACCAAGUUCCUGUUCUGAGACUCCAAACCUUAGUAAUGAAGACGAAGAAUUGUUAGACUUCACCAACUGGUUCUGAUGAAAUAGAGAAUGCAGGAGUUUGCUUCCAGACUCGUGCCAUCUGUCAGAUCAAAACCACGCCCACAUUGGCAUCGACCACAGGCAGCGGAGUGCUUCAACCAAUAGAAUCGAUCGUACCAAAGGCACUUGUUGUGUUGUUGACAUAAAAGAUCACUAAUGACAUUAGAUAUAACAAAUGUCAAUCUCAUUUGCCAGGUGGCUUUUAAGAAUUAUUACGUGAAUGCAAAGAUUUGUUGACAUUAUUCGUUUUAAAGUGCUUUUUUAAGAGACGCCAGAUUAGUUGUCUGAAAAGACAAGACGUUAUAAUUUAUUGUUAACUCAUUAUAUUUAUUUAUUUAAUUUAUUGUUCAUUGUAAAUAAUCAAAAC